AGACGGUCUCGAGUCUUCUAGUUCUUAAGCUCGGAUUCAUACGCAAGUAUGGUGGUAUCUACUAUCUAUGGCUAUAAUCCUGGAGACGACAGCCACUUCACCACCUCAUGAUAGUCAUCGGACGGUGUCUACAGCAAGACGAAACACCCGAGGAAAUCAAAAUACUCUAGCGAAGCUUGAUGGUGAUGUUCAGAUCGAACUCAAGAAGCAAGAUGGGCCCAUAUGUACUUUGGAUCAUGGAUGUCGGUGUUGCCGGUAUUGCUCGCCAUAGUAUCGGUUUCCACAGUUCCACUGGCCCCUCCCCCCCCCCAACUCUGGGAACGCCUCGAUCUAAAUCUAUACCUUUGGUCCAAGUAUAUAUCUUAGUGGCUUGUCCGAACGUUUUCAGAUAUCAAGCCGCUGUCAAACGCCAUCGAUUCAUCUGUUUCGAUCUUCUGGAUCUGUCUGUACAUGCCGCGAAAGACUGGGCUUUCCAUCAGACGGGACCAUCCGCUACAGUAUUGUCUUUUACUUGUAAGUUUGUAAGAUACGCUUCUUUGUCCGCGUUAAUCUCCGUCGACGCUUUCGUUCAACAAGAAUACAACAUCGAACCCACCUCGUUUUAAACUAGAAUCCUCGCUGGGAAAUGAGUAUCACAUUGCGGAAAAUCUUCGCUGCUCUGUUGUAUCUAUGCGUUCGGAACUAUCGCUCAUGAUUUACGCCCAGGUGAUGCUUUAUUUCUAGAACUACGAUAGACUAUUUUUAGUAGGAAUCCCACCUGGAUUUUUGGGCAGUCUCCUAGUGCACGGGUAAGAAAGUCCGACGCAGCUAUUACG